UUUGUGCUGGGUUGUUGGUUGCCAUCUUGGACCUCGCUCGUUUGAGAAGCCGGCCGCCCGCAAAAAUCUUUGAGUUUCACGCGUUCGCGCGGCCUCACGUACUCGGGAAGCAGGUUGCGUGAUCUCACGAGGAAUUUACUGAUCUGUUGCGAUCAAUCUAAUCAAGAUUCGGGUCCGGAAUGCAUUAGGUGUAUGUUUGUCCUCGCGCAUUCGUAACUGGGUGAGUGGAGGAGAUAAAUUAACUACCUUUUAUAAUUUUUCGAUAGACAACAGUGAAAGCAUAGCAAUCGACAAAACAAAUAGCAGUAGUGAUAUAUCAGAAAAAAUGGCACUACCCAGUAGAGCGCGAGUUUACACCGAUGUAAAUGCACGUAAACCUAGAGAUUACUGGGACUAUGAAUCUUAUGUUGUCGAUUGGGGGCAACAAGAUGAUUAUCAGUUAGUAAGAAAAUUAGGCAGAGGAAAAUAUAGCGAAGUGUUUGAAGCAAUUAAUAUCACAAAUAAUGAAAAAUGUGUUGUAAAAAUUUUAAAGCCAGUAAAGAAGAAGAAAAUAAAAAGGGAGAUUAAAAUCUUAGAAAAUCUUAAAGGUGGGACCAACAUAAUUACUCUCCAAGCAGUUGUCAAAGAUCCUGUAUCAAGGACACCGGCACUGAUUUUUGAACAUGUCAACAACACAGACUUCAAGCAAUUAUACCAGACGCUAACAGACUACGACAUAAGAUACUACCUCUACGAAUUAUUAAAAGCAUUGGAUUACUGUCAUAGUAUGGGAAUAAUGCACAGGGAUGUGAAACCGCACAACGUAAUGAUAGAUCAUGAAAAUCGAAAGUUGCGGUUAAUCGAUUGGGGUCUAGCAGAGUUCUAUCAUCCUGGUCAAGAAUAUAACGUACGAGUAGCCUCGCGUUAUUUCAAAGGUCCAGAAUUACUCGUAGAUUUUCAGAUGUAUGAUUAUUCGUUAGAUAUGUGGUCACUUGGAUGCAUGCUUGCCAGUAUGAUAUUCAGGAAAGAACCGUUCUUUCAUGGACACGAUAAUUAUGACCAACUAGUUAGAAUUGCAAAGGUUCUUGGAACCGAGGAACUGUUCGAAUACCUUGAGAAGUACCAUAUCGAAUUGGAUCCUCGUUUCAACGACAUCCUAGGACGACAUUCGCGUAAACGUUGGGAACGUUUCAUGCAUUCGGAGAAUCAGCAUUUGGUAUCACACGAAAGUCUUGAUUUUCUUGACAAACUUUUGCGCUACGAUCAUUACGAGAGACUCACCGCACGCGAAGCUAUGGAGCAUCCCUAUUUUUAUCCAAUAGCGAAAGAACAAGGUCGAUUAAACAUGGUAUCAUCGUCACCUACUCCCGUAACAGGUUCGUUGCCUGUAGGUGAGUAACGGCCCAGGUAAUGUCAUCACCUCAAUUUCCAAUUUAUAAUUAUUUAAUCAUAUCAUUCACGUAUUGUUGAAUCGACCAUGAGAACGCCCCCCGAACUUUCCAUUCGCGCAUCACCGAAUACGAUGCGUGGUAUCAGUUGAACAUCCGUAAAGUUCGUAAUUGAUUCGAAUUCGCAAUUUCUAUUUUAUGAUAUUUAUAAUGAAAAAAAACGAAAAAAAAAAAUGAAGGAAAAAAGAUUGCCGGAAAUACGAACAGGUCGUGUCUGUAUAACAAUGUACGAAUACACGCAGUUCUAUUACAUGAUUAUUAGAUAUCGUCCGGCAUAUACAGUUUAGCUAAUUCGCAAUGGCAAUUGUUGUCGCGUAAAGUGUUCGAAACGUUGAACGUAAAACACAUUUAUGUUAAAGUGAAUCCUUAAUAUUAAGUAUCCGUCGAGAAUCGUUUCCAUUGCGGAUUAGAUUAAAGCAUUAAAAAGAAAAAAAGAAAAACCACACACACACACACUACGGUACGCUUUACGCAAGGUCGUUCCAGACACCUAAGUAACGAACAAUUAAGUCUCUGCAUUUUUGUCAAAAUGUAAAACAUCUUGUCGGUGAUACUUGAUUAACAGGAUUCAGGAGUGUGGAAUGACCGAUGCGAUUUAUAGUCAUAUUAUAUUGAAAACGUACGAAAUAAAGUAAUAUCGGUUCUCAACAACACAUAAAGCGAUCUUCUUUUUGCAACUCUCAAUGCAUAUUUAAUUUUUCAUAGUACGUGGUACUUUUAGAUUUCAAAAAUUUUUAACGACCACCACGUCUUUUUUUUUCUUUCUUUUCUUUUUUAUACAUAUCUUCCUUUUCGAUUUUAACAAGAAGAUCGUUUCAGAUGGUUAUAGUGUAACUAGAGAUGCGACUAAACAAAUGUUUGAUUUGAAAUAUUCAAACGAUUCAAGUCUGUAUGUCGUUUAGUGUCGAUCGAUCUAAAGCUAGAGUAAAAUGUAUAAAAAAAAAAAUUGCUAUCCUUUCUUCUAUUGUCGCAUCGAGAAUCGGUUAUCGCGAUGCCUCGCCAAUUAUGCGAUGAAUGCAUUUCUUCUCGAUACUAGUAACAGGAUAAAGUCGCACGCGCUGCGGUGAUAAAAUAACACCUGAGAGAAAAUGUUUGAUUCCUCCUUAACGAAACGGUAGUUGAUACACAUUACAGAAAUAAUUUAUUUAAACUGUCGAAAUUUCACUAUUCGCGGGGAAAAUGUUAUAAUCUCUCUGUACAAUAUCAAUCAUAGUAUCCGUUCGUCUAGUGAAAAAGCACUGACCUUAGAGUCCAAGUUUAACCGCAGCAAAUAUCAUAAAUUUAAUUGUUUAAUAAAAUUACAAAAUACACUAUAAUUGAUAUUGUACAAGUUUAAUUUCGGGGGAAAAAGAAAGGAGCGUGAUACGCGUGUUACAUUCGUUGGAAGUUUCUCAAUGAUAGGUCAGGAAGGAUUUGUAUUAUAAUAUUAAGUUUGGUCCGUAUUAAACGACAACUGGACUUGAAUUGCUCGGUCGUUUCAAAGCAGACAUUUCUUUUCUUUUUUUUUUCUUCUGUUUUUAGUCAGUAUACGUAUUUAUGAGAGGAGCGUGCGAAGAAUCAAACAUUUUCGUUUAGGUAUCGAUACUUGUUGGCGCGAGGGGCUUAAUCGAAACCUUAGGCGUGACU